GGGAUAAGUACUGUACAAGGCCUAAUUGAAUGGAUAAAUGUUUCAAUAGAAAUUAAUUUCUCGAAGUGUUGACGCAUAUUUUACUCGAAAAAAUAAAUAAUUAUCCAAACUUUUUAUUCAGAAAGCCAAAAAACAUGUUCACCAGAAGACCAAAGUCAACUAAAGAGUACGAUCAACAAUUAAAUUCUCUGAGGAACGAGAAUUUUCAUCUGAAGCUGCGAUUAUUUCUCUUAGAAGAGAAAAUGGAGAAAAAUCAAAUAAACACGAAGCAAAAUGGUUUCCGAGACGUGAAUGAGAGAAUAUGGUCGAAAUUAAAGUGUAAUUUAUGCAAAAAGGACGAAGAAAUCGAGACAUUGCAAACGAAGUUGAAGGAUAAAGAAAGGGAUGCCGAAUUGUUAAAGAAAAAUCUGGACGAUGCGAAGAAAGAACUAGAAGAAGCGAAGAAAAUAACUAUCGAAAAUGAAUCUUUUCAGCGAGAGAAAGCAUAUUUACAAAGAGAAAUUACGGAAUUAAAGAGACAGUUGAAGAAACAAGCGGAGGAAGUCGCUAAACCUUCGCAAGAACUAAAUUUAAAUCGAAUGGAAAAGUGUAUAAACACCGAAAAUGGACUAAACGGUAGGAACUUGAACCCAUUUUGUUCCUCUAUUAACCAACAAAAUAAGGGCAGAGGUAAAAGAGGAGGAAAGGUAGAAGUGCCUCAUGACGAUAAUGAAGUGGAAAGAUUGCGUCGUCGACUCUCCAUAUCUGAAGAUAAUGUUCUUCACUUAAUGAAAGUCUUGGAAACCAAAGAUAAGAUGCUAAAUGCUCUUUUAAGAAAAAACGAAUUUUCAAGUUAAAUAUUUAGAUUAUCUUCGUCUAAGGAAUCUGAUAAAGCCGUCUGCUAUAAAUAUUUAAAUACAUCCGAGAAAAAUGAAGCGUGGACCGAAUAAGAGAUAAUGUUGUGGAGUGAAUCGAUAAUGAUGUAGUAGGAAUUUUAAUGCGUAACGUUUACAAAUCUGACGUUCUUCUAGUUAUAUAUGAAUAUGAAUUUUGCAUAAAAUUUCUAUAUACGUUGUAUUAUCCUAUCAUUAAGGUAAAGUUAAUUAAUUUGCAGGCGAAUUUCCUAGCUAAAUUCUGUAGAAUUAUAACUUUAUUUAACGUGUAAAUGCUUUCUGCAACAUCUAGAAAAAUUCAUUAUAUUAUUUAACAGUGUCCCGAUUUAUUUUGUAUUUUUUUUUUAAAUUAUUAAAAAUCAGUAAAAAUUAGGCGAUUUUACAUUGUUUAUUUUUAUUCCUCUUUAAUUACACUAUAAAGAAAGGCAAGAAACGGUAUUUUAUCGCAUUUUUUUCCAUUUAUAACUGAAGAUUAAAGCAAAAGUAUCAAAAAGGAACAAAUUCUAUGCCAUUUUAUAUCUGAAUUACGCUCUGAAAGACUUUAAUCUUGAAAUUUUUUGGACAAUCUCUCUUAAUUUUUUGCUUAGUACUUACAA